UCGAACCGUUUUUCCUGAAGUUUGCAAGUUUAGGGUUCGGAUUGGAUCACUAGUCCCUGAAAAUGGGGUUGAACUUAUUCGAAGGGAGUAGUUCAGAUGAUGAUAACAAUUCUAAGAUCGAAAUCAACAAAGAAUUUGCUCGUCGUUUUGAGCACAAUAAGGAAAGAGAGGAAUUGCAGAGAUUGGAAGAGCUGAAGAAGAAAGGGCUCGCUGGAGACUCCGGGGAUAGUUCUUCAGAAUCCGAAGACGAGGAAGAUUUGAUCGUUUCAGGUAAAAAAGAUAUAGAGUUCUUAAAUGCCCUUAUUAAGGUUAAGAACAGGGAUCCGAUUCUCAAGCAGAAAGAUGCGAAGCUCUUCGAAUAUGAAGACGACGACGAUGGAGAAGAAGAAGAAGAAGAAGAAGAAGAGGAGGAGGAGGGGGAGGAGAAGAAGCCCAAAUCGACAAGAGAAAAGCCUAUGUAUUUGAAGGACGUUGUCGCGAAACAUCUGAUUGAAGAGGGACCCGAGUUUGAAGAACGUAACACACACUCGGGUGUGAAAAGCUAUACAGAAACACAGGAGGAGCUUCGACAGGCUCUCUUAAAUGCUGCCGAAGAGGCUUCGGAUGGUGAUGACGGAGAUCUCUUCAUGGAAAAGAAGGGAAACCAGGGUGUGGAUGGGGAAGAUUCGGAAGGUGGCAGUGAUGAUGAAAUCCAGAAGAGGCUUGAUGAAUAUUUCGGCAAGGACGAAAAUUUGGAUGAGAAACAGAUGUUUUUAAAGAAUUUUUUCCUGAACAAGAUGUGGGUUGACAAGGAUGAUAAAAGCACCAAGCCUUCUGAUGGAGAUUUCUAUGGAGUCUCCGAAGAUGAGGAAGAAAUAGAGAAGCAAGAGAAAUACGAGGCAGAGUUCAACUUCCGUUAUGAGGAGGGUGCUGGGGACCGCGUGUUGGGUCACUCGCGAAUCACAGAGGGUUCAGUUCGAAAAAAGGAGAAUGCCCGGAAACUGCAAAGGAAGAGCAAGAAGGAGAGGAUGGCUCAAGCGGAACUUGAGAGGAAAGAAGAACUGAAACACUUAAAGAAUCUGAAGAAGAAGGAAAUCAUGGAGAAGCUCCAAAAAAUACGGUCUAUCGCAGGAAUAGCUGAAGGUGAGGCUUGUACAUUGGAUGAAGAUGAUCUAGAGGAAGACUUCGAUCCUGAGGAGUUUGAUAGGAAGAUGAAAAAAAUGUUUGAUGAGGAUUAUUAUGAGGCGGAGGAUGUGGAUCCUGAUUUUUGCAGUGAUCAGGAUGAAGAUGAUGAUGAUCUUAGGAAGCCCAAUUUUGAGAAAGAAGAUGAGUUGCUUGGACUUCCAAAAGGUUGGGAUUCAAGCGGUUCUGCCGAGGGUUUCUUAGCAGCUAGGGAGAAGGCUUUGCAAUCCAAACCUGACACCAUAGAUGUUGAAUGCUCGGAUGACCAGGACCAAAAGGAAGAGGAGUUGGAUGAAGGAGGUAAGCGCAAGAGGAAGCGUAAAAUCUCUCUUCAGGAGAUGGCCUUUCAGGAUGAAGCAUGGGAUGAGUACUAUAAAUUAGAUUAUGAAGAUACAAUAGGGGACAUAAAGACACGAUUCAAAUAUGCUUCAGUUCCAUCUAAGAGAUAUGGGUUGAGUGCUGCUGAGAUUUUAAUGAUGGAUGACAAGGAUUUGAAUCAGUAUGUUUCCUUGAAAAAGCUUGCUCCUUACCAAGAAAGGGAAUGGAAGAUACCCAGAAUCAAGAGAUAUGAGCAGAAAAUGAAGAAUAAGUUGCUUCUCCAAGGAGAAAAUGUGAAUCUUCAGAAGGCUGGCAUGAAGCACAGGUCAAAGGUUGGUGAUCUCACAAUAGCUUCAGCAACAGGUUCCAAGGAGCAAGAGGAAGCAGUGCAAUUGAAUGGUGAAGUGGGUACAUCCAAGGGAAUCAGGAGAAGGCGUCGUCAUGCUGAACUUAAACUAUCCCAUUCAAGGCUUAUGGCAUAUGGAAAAAUCCAAUCAAAAUCUAAAAAUAAGAAAAAACAUCAAUAACAGCAGUGAUUACCAAGAAAGGGGGCCCGUGAACACUUUUGAGGAUCUUUUGAACAGCUGGCUUGCUGAUUUCUUGCCUAUUCAUUCUGUUUGUACAAGUAGGUAUCUAGCUAGCUAUGUCCAGUAAUCAAGAUUCAAGAAACAGCAUUUUUUUUAAUUUGGUUGUUGGAUCUCUCUCUAUUUCUUGCCCUGGUAGAUGCAAUCCAUUGUCACGUUAUGAACUUGUUCUGGCUUCUAAACUAUUUGUUGGAACUUCUUCAGUAAAUGACUCUUCCUUUCUGAUGUAACUGAACCUAGGAUUACAUAAAUUUAUGUGAUUAUUCUAGGAUUUCAAAUUU